GAUGUUGCUAAGACACCUGCCAACAGAGAAAGGAGAAGUGAGGGGAGACAGUUGGUCUCACCGCCCAGGAAAAAAUGUAAUCCAGCCUCUAUCAGUGCAGAAAAAAUUGAAGACAGACAGAGACGUGAGAAGCUGGGGAUGUACACACUGUCAGGUUUGUGAAGAGGUAACUAGGCUAAAAAGAAGUGUUCUGGGCAGACAUCACAUUGUAGUGGAAUAAGAAAGAAGGAAAAGGGUCAUUUUAUGAUCCAAGCAUAGGCAAGGAUUAGAAUUUCAGGAGUCAACCCAGAAAUCUCAGGGGUACAGUGACAAUGACACUUGAAGACAAGCAUGCAGGUAAUGGGAGCCUUGUGAGAAAAAGUCAGCAGUGUCUAGGUGAGAAGCAACAAGCAAAUGGGAAACCAGUAACAAAUGGGAAAGGUGAAGACUCUGUAAAACAGGAGGCAAAUGGGAAAUGUGACAUGCCCGGAAAAAUCCUCAAGGUGUACAGCUGGCAGGAGAUCCAGACACACAAUCAGGAGGCUGAUCAGUGGCUGGUGAUCAUUCACAAGGUCUAUGAUGUUACUGACUGGGCCAAGAGGCAUCCAGGUGGGCACUGGGUCCUCAACCACUAUGCUGGCGAAGACGCCACGGAUGUCUUCAGAGCCAUGCACCUGAAGCUUGACGUUGUAAAAUUGUACCUUGAGCCACUGCUUAUCGGAGAGCUUGCCCCAGAAAAGCCUAGCCAGGAAAGAAACAAAAAUCCCCAAUUGGUGGAAGAUUUCCAAGAACUGCAAAGAACAUUGGAGCCCAUGAACAUGUUCAAGGCCAACUGGGUGUUCUUCUUCCUUCACUUGGCCCAGAUCUUGAUUUUGGAGACCCUGGCUUGGCUAAUGGUGUGGCAUUUUGGCAAUGGCUGGCUUAUGACAAUAUUCAUUUCCUUCCUUCUCUUAAUUUCCCAGAUUCAGAGUUUUUUUCUGCAGCAUGAUUCAGGACACCUUUCCGUGUUUACGAACUCCAAGUGGAACCACCUGAUGCAGAAAUUUCUGAUGAGUCAUCUCAAGGGCCUAUCAGCAAAAUGGUGGAAUAACCAACACUUCCAACAUCAUGUAAAAACAAACAUCUACCCCAAAGACCCAGAUAUUGAUGUGGGCCCACUUUUCCUGGUUGGAGAUUUACAACCUGUCAAGUAUGGCAAGAAGAAAAUCAAAUUCAUCAACUAUGAAAAGCAGCACCUGUAUUUCUACAUGGGUGAGUUUCCUUGAAGCCACUUUCUUUACCAUCCCAUCAAGUCAAGCCAGACAGCUUGACUGUUA